UAUUUUUUAGUACUUUUUCCUGCUAUAAGGAAAACGUAAACAAUUUGGAAAUUAGGAAAAUGCCUUCGGAAAACAGCAGGAUCAAAAUUUUGCCAAAGGCCGUGGUUUGCGAGGAGAGCAACCUACGCGGUGACAUCACCUUCUCGUCGGGCUGUGUAGUUCAUCCGAGUGCAACCGUUAUUGCUGACGCUGGACCCAUUAUAAUUGGGGAGAACUGCAUCAUCGAGGAGUACGCAACUAUAGCACAUCGUCUAGAACCGGGAGCAACAUGGGAUGUCAACAAUAUCCUGAGUAUUGGCACACACAAUGUCUUCGAAGUGGGUUGCCAAGUGGAAGCUUCGCGAAUUGGGGAUAAAAACGUUUUCGAGAGCAAGUGUUUUGUGGGCCGUGGUGUUACUGUUUCCAGCGGAUGCGUGGUGGGGGCAGGGAUUAAAAUACACACCAGUCAACUUCUGCCGGAGAACACUAUUGUUUAUGGUGAACAAGGACUCCAGCGCGAGGCCAUCGAUAAACAGGGUUCGCAGACCCUACAGAUAGAUUUUCUCCGAAAGGUUUUGCCAAACUAUCAUCAUCUCCGCAAGCCAAACUACGAUCCGAAAAAGGCACGCAGUGUGGUCUAGUUUGUAACAUAUAUAUUUAAAAAUCCUUCAUGUCUCCUCCUUCACUGCAUUAAAAUUAGACAUCUCCUUUUCAAAA